AUGAGGGUUCCCUCACUGUUUGGGCCUGCGGCGGCCAGCCUGUUGGCGUUCUCAUCAACAGUCCGCUCCCUGACGUUCACCGAGGUCUCAAUUCCGGAAUUGGACCUCUCCACGCUCGGUCGCGUCACCAUCACCGGCGAUUUCGACGGCGUCUCCCUCUACUCGUACGAAGGCCAGACCGAAAACACCAAAACCAAUGGCCCGCAGUCGAUCCUCACCCCUCUCCCGAACGGCGUCCUCACCAACAUCUCGGCCUCCGAUGGCCAGAUCACGACCAUGUGCUCCUUCACCCAGGAAGAUGGAACGUUCGCAGGGAUCUUUGUUGGCGGGAACUUCACCACCUUGGGUGGUGUUGACACCCCCGGCGCCGCUCUCUUCAACCCGAACACAACCCAGGUCACGGCCCUACCAGGCCUCUCCGGGUCUGUGGCGGCCGCGGCAUGCGAUCAGGCAACGAACCGUAUCUACGUUGGUGGCGAUCUGAAGCACGACAAUACGACCAACGCGCUCGCCUGGGUUCCUGGUCAAGGUUGGGAGGCUCUUCCCUUCGAUGGCCUCAAUGGCCCCGUGACUUCGAUUCUACAGGCAGGAAAUGGUCACAUCAUCUUUGGAGGCUCAUUUAACGGCAUCGGAAACUCGUCCUCGUCCUCAUCGCACGGCAUGCAAGUGGUGAACCUUCAGACUGCCGACAUCUCCUCCAACGACGUGUCCACCUUGAAUGGCUACAAAGAUCCUCGCAACGUGGUCUGCUCGACAAGCGGUGUCGCUGGUGAAGGCCAAACCUGGCUCCUUUAUGAUACGUCUCCCGGGUACUGGCGGGCGUAUUUCGACUAUGAAAUCCAGCCGGCCAAGAUCCGCCUGUACAACACCCAGUUGGAUGGACGAGGCACCAAGAGCUUCCUGCUCCAGCGACUUCCUGAUGACGGCAUCAUGAACCUGACCUAUACCGAUAGCAACGGCAACAAGGCCUAUUGCGAUCAGUCCUGCCCGCUUUCCCACACCGAAAAGUACCAGGAUUUCGAACUAGUGAACCCUGUCACUACGGGAGGAUUCGAGCUUCAGAUCCUGGAUUGGUACGGACAGGGGGCCGGUCUCAAUGGUAUCGAGGUCUUCUCGAAUAGCAUCAACAGCUACGCCAUUGACAACUACAACGAACCCACCUGUGCUGGAGACUUUCCUUCCAAGUCAACGCGGACAGGAUCCUGGACUGUCGAGUCAGGGUACCUCUCUGCAUCGGUGACCAGCUCUGAUUCUUCCGAUACCGCCGUCACCUUUGUCCCCGACAUCAAAGAAUCGGGAAAAUACAACGUUCUUCUCUAUACGCCUGGUUGCGAUGAUGAUGGCAGUUGCAGCUCCCGUGGUAUUGUCCAAGUCGACGCCGAUCUCAGCAGCGGCUCUGGUUCACUGGCUCCUGUCUUCCUCUACCAGACCAAUGCCGAUGACAAGUACGACACGAUCUAUACCGGCUACGUCGACGCCAGCAGCGACUCCUUCCGCCCCAAGGUGACACUGAAAGCCAAACCUGGCUCAGGUGCCCAGACUGUGGUUGCCUCAAGUGUCCAGUUCGUACCGCUCUUCAACACUGCCAAUUCGGACAGCUCCAGCAGCUCAAGCAGCUCAAGCGGUGGCUCAAGCGGCCUGAAUGGGUUGUACGACUUUGAUCCAAAUUCCGUAAAGGCGGACACCACACAUUUGAAGCAGGAUACCAUCAACAAGGCCGGCGAUCAGCUGGGCCAUUCGGCUUCGAUCUUGAGCAUGGCUGAGUCUAAUGAUGUGAUCUACGUCGGUGGGAAUUUUUCCGACUCGACAUUUGGUCAUGUCAUGUCCAUCACUGAUGGAAAGGCAACAGCGAUGCCCGAUGGUGGUCUGAACUCGGAGGUCUCGGCCAUGGCCACGUUGGACGAUGUUUUGUACGUUGGCGGUCAGUUUACCAAAACCGCCAAUGGAGGUGUGGAUGGCCUACAAUACGUUGCGUCCUAUUCAUCCUCCUCCAACUCUUGGUCUCCCUUGGGAGCUGGACUGAACGGGCCCGUGGACUCGAUCUACCCCAUUCAGCUGAAUGUUUCUACGGCGAUCAACGAGACCACUAUCGCCGUGAGCGGUGAUUUCACUCAGAUCGCUGCCUUUAACAGCUAUCCCGCGGUGGCUGUGACUGGGUUUGCCAUUUGGGUUCCCUCCCACAAGGCUUGGCUGCAGAACCUCAAUGUCACACAGAUGGAAUUCGCUGGCCAUCUGUCGGCGGUUGCCUCUGUGAACAAUACCAGCAUCCUAGCUGGCAACGUCGCCACUGAUGGCUUGGUUUCUGGUGGCGCAGUGUCGCUGCAGAAUCCUACUGACCUGAGCCUUGUUCCUCUGUCGAUGCAAAUCGAGGACGCCAAAUCUCCUUCGAGCAAAGGAUUGGUCAAUGGUGUAUACGAUACCAGCUCUGGUCGCAAUCUCACCAUCCUGGGUGGACACUUCGUCGCUCAGAGCACCAAUGGAUCCACGAUCGAAAACCUCGUUUUCCUCGACGGUACCGAUGAGACUCUCUCCGGCCUGCCGCAGGGAAUCAACAGCCACUCGACAUUCAUCUCCAUGAUUGUGUCCAACAAUACCCUAUGGGCGGCUGGAAAUGUCACUGGAUCUGUCGGCUCUUCUACAAUCGGUGGACUGGUGGCCUACGAUCUCAAUGAUGGUGUCUUUGUCAGCACUCAACCCGCGGCGCUCGAUGGGGUCGUUAAUACAGUUGUUACCCGCCCAGGUUCCUCUGACAUUUACGUCGGAGGUGACUUCCAUGCAGCCGGAGUGGUCCCCUGCGCGGCGGUCUGCUCCUACGACCCGACCCAGGGCGUAUGGAGCUGGCCGGGUGUCAAUAUUGGCGGCACUGUGCUGGCACUUGAAUGGACUGGCAAGGAUGGUAUGAUCGCCAUUGGAGAUCUGGAUGUCGGUGGAAAUGAGACUGUGGUGGCUACCUGGAGCUCGAAGACCGCCGGUUGGGCCUCCUUCCCGGGUGCCUCCACCUCGGACAUCCCCGGCAACGUUACUGCCUUUACUCCUGCCAGCGAGGAUAUCUCGACCUUCUGGCUGGGGGGUACCGCCACCAAUGGCUCGGCUUUCCUCCUGAGCUAUGAUGGCAAAAACUUCAACUCCCCCGGCAGUUUGUUCUCCCAGGGCACGGUCAUCCGCGGUCUGGAGGUCCUCCCUGUGGUUCAGAAUCACGACAGUGUUUCGACUAUGAACGAUGAUCAGACGCUGUUGGUCAUGGGCGAACUCAAGCUUCCGGGCUUCGGUGACGCAUCCGCUGCCCUGUUCAACGGCACGGCGGUCACGCCCUUCAUCCUGUCCACGCAGGCGAACGGCCAGCCGGGUAGCAUGUCGCGACUGUUCUCCGAGAUGCAGAACCCGUACUCCAAUAGCACUGGACACCACUCCAACGGCAUCGUGGUCCUGGUCGCCUUCUGCUGCGCAUUGGGCUGCGUUUUCCUCAUCGUCGUCGCCGGCGUCAUCCUGAACAAGAUCCAGCGUCGCCGCCAGGGCUACACGGCCGCUCCGCAAAGCUUCGGCACUGACCGACCCACCGACAUGCAACGCGUGCCUCCGGAGUAUCUCUUCAACUCGCUGCAUCAUCCACAACCCGGUGCCCCGGCCGUUUAA